AUGGAGGACAAGGUCAUCAAGGAAGACAGCCGUGCUUGGGCCCGACUGCGCCUCGCGUGUGAAGAAGCUAAAAUCCAGCUUUCGGCCGCUAAAGAGGCCUGGAUUGAGGUCCCGUCGCUUCUACUCGACUUUGACUACAGCAAGAAGAUCACCCGCGAAUUCUACGAAGGCAUCUGCGCGACGCUUUUGAAGAAUCCCUACUUCCGAGAUGCUGCUCGAGAAGUUCCCCAAGGCUGGCUGCUGGAUGGACAGACCGGAGAGAUGGUUGUGUGUGGUGCGGCACUUCAGGCUGCCCGCCUUGUCGGCAACUGCAACGAGACGAUCCGUUGCAUCGACCUCAUCGAUGUCAUCCCGUUGACGAUCGGCUCCGGAAUGUGGGGCGGAGAAACCACCGUCCUCUUCAAGCGCAACACCUCGUUCCCCGUCAAGAAGACGCUGCGCGUACACAACGCAUCCGACUACCAGGAACAGGCCUGUAUCACGGUGGUUGAGGGCGAGCGGUUCGACUACGGUUUGAACAACUUGCUCGGCAAGUUCAUGCUGCCAAUCCGGAAGGCCAAGCAGUGCGAGGUGUUCAACAUCUCCCACUAUCUGAAGAACUGGAAGCAGUGCGAGGAAGAGGAUCGGACGUUCCGUAACAAUGUCAGUGCGCUGGUCAAGUAUCGCGACACUGCCCACGGUCUGAUGUGGCUGACGAAUCCUCGG